UUCGAGUUUCAUAUUUUAGAAUAGAAAAGUGUUACACCGUUCAGAUUUGUUUUCUGUUAAAAGAAAUAUUUGUUAACUAUCAUUUUUAUUAUAUUAUAGAUAUAUUCUAAUGUUAAGGUAGCCUUAUAGCAUAAAAUCACAAAUACUAAACACUAGGUCAUUUAAUUUUGUUUGGGUAAAGGGUUUGUAUUAGUUUUGUAUGUAGGUUUUAAAUAUGUCUCUUACAAUUGCUCAAAUUCGGCAACAUCUUAGUCAUUUGUCCAAUGCCCCAGCUACUCAUAAAGACCAAGUAGAUAAGUAUAGAAGUUUAUUGAACAAUGUUUUGUCAAAUACAGGUGACAAUAUUAUUGAAGCUUUAAAAGUAUUUGUAGAAGCCAUUGUUAACGAAAAUGUCAGUUUGGUAAUAUCCCGUCAAAUAUUAUCGGAUGUCAGCACACAACUGUUACCGGAUUUGCCAGACGGACAAUCUAAACAAUUAGCUCAUUUUACCUUAGAAAAAAUUCAGCCUCGGGUGAUUUCCUUUGAAGAACAAGUGGCUAAUGUUCGACAACAUUUAGCAUCAAUUUACGAAAGAGAAAAUAACUGGAAAGAAGCAGCUACAGUACUCGUUGGUAUACCAUUAGAAACUGGCCAAAAGAAGUACACUGUUGAUUAUAAAUUGGAAACCUAUAUGAAAAUAGCUCGUUUAUACUUGGAAGACGAUGAUCCUUUGUUGGCCGAGUCGUACAUUAAUCGAGCAUCAUUAUUACAAACAGAAUCUAAAAAUGAAAAACUUCAAAUAUGUUACAAAGUAUGUUAUGCAAGAGUAUUAGACUAUAGAAGAAAAUUUAUCGAAGCCGCACAAAGGUAUAAUGAGCUGUCUUAUAAAACAAUAAUUUCAGAAGAAGAACGAAUGACAGCGUUAAAAAAUGCUCUGAUCUGUACAGUAUUAGCGUCUGCCGGACAACAGCGUAGUCGAAUGUUAUCAACUUUAUUUAAAGAUGAACGAUGCCAAAGUUUACCGGAAUUCUCGGUUCUCGAGAAAAUGUAUUUAGACCGCAUUAUCAGGCAUUCUGAAAUCAUUCAACUCGAUGCAAUGCUGCAGCCACACCAAAAAGCAAAGACUAUAGAUGGUAAUGGUUUUACUUGUGCUAAGAAAUAUAUAUAUAAAUUAAUUAUGAUGAUUUAUGUAGGUUCUACUAUUUUGGAGAGAGCUAUUAUCGAACACAACUUAUUAUCUGCCAGUAAAUUGUACAAAAAUAUGAAAGUCGUAGAACUCGGUAGGCUACUGAGUAUUGAACCUAUUAAAGCUGAAAAAAUUGCGGGUCAAAUGAUUUCCGAAGGUCGUAUGGAAGGAUCCAUAGAUCAGAUUCAAAGUUUUGUUCAUUUUAAAACACAAAAACUACUUCCAAUAUGGGAUAAGAAAAUUGAAGCAUUGUGUUAUCACGUUAACCACAUAAUAGAACUUAUGUCUGCGGAUCCAGCACUACGCGAUUGGAUGAAUAAACACCUUGACGAUCAAAUGGCAUUUUAAAAAAAAACACAAUUUAAAUAAUUUAAUAACAUGUCCUUGUUCUCUAAUCAGAAUAUUAAUGAUUCAUACACAAAUAAAUACACUGAUAUUUUUUAAAUACA